AAAGUAUUGAUAGGAUUUGAAAGAGUGCAGAUACUCACAUGUAUGUGUGUUAUUUUGAUUUACUGCUGAAGGAAGAGCCCUUUGAGGGAAACAAGAACGAGCUGAGAAACACAGAGAUGCUGUCAGCCGCCUGUGCAGUGGGGGUGGGCUGUUGCUUUGCAGCCCCUAUUGGAGGAGUGCUGUUUAGUAUUGAGGUCACAUCUACGUUCUUUGCUGUGAGGAACUACUGGAGAGGAUUCUUCGCUGCAACCUUCAGUGCCUUUAUCUUCAGGGUGCUGGCGGUGUGGAAUAAUGAUGAGGAGACAAUCACGGCUCUCUUUAAAACGCGCUUUCGUCUGGACUUUCCCUUUGACCUACAAGAGCUUCCAGCUUUUGCUGUGCUCGGGAUUGCCAGUGGUUUUGGAGGGGCGUUGUAUGUCUACCUGAACAGGAUCAUAGUGGAGUCUAUGAGAAAACAGAAAACCAUCAACAAGUUUUUGCUAAAAAAAAGACUAGUGUAUCCAGCAGUGGUCACUCUUCUUGUCUCUACACUCACCUUUCCUCCAGGGUUUGGACAGUUUAUGGCAGGCCAGCUGACUCAACAUGAGUCACUAGUGGCACUGUUUGACAACCAAACCUGGUACAAGCAAGGUGUUUCUGAGGAGUUUGUGUACUCAAGUCACGUACCUCAGGCCUGGAAGCACCCACAAGUCAGUGUGUUCAUCACACUCCUCCUCUUCAUUGUCAUGAAGUUCUGGAUGUCAGCUGUGGCCACAACAAUGCCUGUGCCUUGCGGGGCCUUCAUGCCGGUUUUCCUCAUUGGAGCUGCGUUCGGUCGACUGGUCGGUGAGAGCAUGGCCGCUGUCUUCCCCGAAGGGAUACACGCCGACAACACUGUAUAUCCCAUAGUUCCCGGCGGAUACGCAGUUGUAGGGGCGGCGGCUCUUUCUGGUGCAGUCACUCACACCGUGUCCACCGCCGUCAUUGUGUUCGAGCUGACCGGUCAAAUCUCGCACAUCCUGCCCGUGAUGAUCGCUGUGAUUUUGGCCAAUGCCGUGGCUCAGAGUCUGCAGCCUUCCCUCUAUGAUUCCAUCAUCCGGAUCCAGAAACUUCCCUACCUGCCAGAGCUGGGCUGGGGACAGGAGAAAUAUAAUAUCCGUGUGGAGGACAUAAUGGUGAGAGACGUGCGGUAUAUCACUCUCUCCUCCUCUUACCGGGAUCUGCAGGAAGCUCUCAUAACAGGCCAGCUUAAAACCCUGGCCUUGGUGGAGUCCAAAGAGUCCAUGAUCCUGCUGGGCUCUAUGGAGCGCUCCCAGCUGCAGUCCCUGCUCUCGCAGCAGCUCAGCCGAGCUCGCAGGCUGGAGUACUUGAGGGAACGUGCUCAGGACAAUGGCACCCAUGUGCCCACCUUCCCCCAAGACUCUCCCCCCAGGACUGGUCAUGGCGUACGUUUCCUGAUCUCCACUGAAGAGUCCUCCUACAGCCCCACACUGACUAACUCCCAGAUCCCCCUCAAGUCUGCUCUGAAGACGGUGUCUGCAAUCAGCAACACAGAGUCACUGAACAGCUCUCCAAACCUCUCCUCUGGGGAACCUGUGAAGGAGCUAGUAGAGAGCAAUGCUGGCCCCAUGGCUCCUAAGAGGAGCAGGAGGCCCAAGCGUGUGAAGAUACCCAUGGCGGAUACACCUGAUGUUGAAGAUGACAUGUCAACAGCAGAGAUAGCAGAGUGGGAGGAGCAACAGUUGGAUGAGGCUGUUAAUUUCAACAACUGUAAAAUAGACCCCGCCCCCUUUCAGCUGGUGGAACGGACAUCUUUGCAUAAGACACACACCAUUUUCUCACUACUUGGCCUGGAUCAUACCUAUGUCACCAGCACCGGACGUUUAGUAGGAGUGGUCUCUCUAAAAGAGCUGCGUAAGGCCAUCGAGGGCUCUGUAACCGUGACUGGCGUGAAAGUCCGUCCCCCACUGGCCAGCUUCCGCGACAGCGGCAACAGCAGCAGCGUCUCAGAGGUCACCGAGCUCCACAAACUCUGGAGUCGUCACAGGAGCCUGCCGCUACCACGGGAACCUAACCUCCCCAACCUGGACAACCAAACGGAGCAGCCGUCAGAUGGAAGCCUGGUGAACGAGACCGAGUGCACAGAGCUGUCCAGUCAGAACAGCCCAUUACACACAGAUGACCAAUCAGAGCUGACGCCCCAAGAGGAGCACCUCGCGCAGCUCCCCUGUGACUGUACCCACCCUCUGGAGGACGGAGGCUUUGAGGUCGUCAGCGAGCAGAGCCCAGCUCCGAUGGAGGAAGUGGUGAGCAGGGGAAGCCCCUCUCCCUCAGAGAGUCAGCCGAAAUGACAGCUGCUUGCAGUCUGUAACGCACACUCCAUUUACACCAUAAACGGUAUUGUGAAGUCAGGUUGAGGAAAACCUGGAGGAAGUCUUUAAGCAGUGAAGCACACUCUCUGCUCCGUACUAAUCAAACCAACCCUAAUCUCUGAUCCUGCCUUCACAAGAAACACGCCGUGUGUGUUUGUAUGUGUGGGAUGUCAUAGAUACACGGUGUGGAUGGGCUUGUGAGCGAACGUCUGUGUAUUCCUCAUAAAUUUGGGUGUCUGUUGAUUUGUGGCUUCAUAGCGCGUUUCGGUGUUGAGUUAUGUUGAUGAGAUUCAUUUAAAGAAGUUUCUGUUCGAUGAUGUCACGGCGGGUUUUCGUCAUAAACGUGUUUGUUUGUUGAUUUGUGGCACGCUUGUGUGUGUGUUUCUUCGUCUUUGUACGUAAGAAAAGCCGAGUGUGUGUGUGAGAGUGACUCAGCUGCACCUUGCCAACGCACCCAUCUGGUGCCGACACUUUAAAUCCAAAUAAAAUUGUCUCUGAGAGCCAAACUGCAAUUUUGCUCUAAAUAUAGCCCUUAAUAACCCACACUGCAAGGAAACACGGAGGAAGAGAGUGGGGGAAAGAAAGGGAGCGGGUGGGCAAAAGAGGACACGGAGAGAACAAGAACAUGAUGCAAAAUGAGCGAAAGACAGGAAGGACACAGGAACCAGUGUCAUGGAAAGGCAGGAGAAUAAAUGGAAGAGUGGGGUAAACUGUGCCACUUUUUAUUUAGAUUGUCAAUCAGGCAAGAAGAAAUAAGUCAUCAGGGAAAUGAAUAUGCCUGAUUAUAUUUCUGAACAGAUAAAGGCACAGAAAUAUGACUUUUUAGGAAAAAUUGCUGAGUGACACAACUUACCCCACAUUAGGGGUAAGAUGUGCCAUGGAUGUUGAGUCACCGGGGAAUAUUUGAAUCUAUUUCAGGUCAAAUAUGAACAAUUAAUUCGUUUUUGAUGCUCAAUAUUCACAUCUUAACCAACUAGAA